UGUUCAUUUUGCAAAGUGUCUAACAACCUUGUACCUCUUACCGUUAUCAAAGGCGCUGGCCAUGAGUUCGUCUCUCUGCCCCAGGGUGAGAACGCAAUUACAGCCGAUUUCCAUUCGACUCACACCCAGACCGAAUCCCCCGCAGACAUCACCUCAGGAUUCUAUAAGAUUGUGGCCGGUGCUCAAAGGCCUGCACACUAUAGCUACGAGGAGUCAAAAUAUGUCCUGAGUGGUCAGAUUGAUGUUUUGGACGAGGCCACUGGAGUGACCCACCAUCUCGUUCCGGGAGAUUUUGCCUUCUUCCACGUUGGAUCUAAGGUCAAAUUCUCUACCAAGUCCCAAGGCUUUGCUUUCUACGUUGUUACUCGGCCCAUCCGAUCUCCUCAUGUCAACUUGGCAGGUCGAGAAGAGAGCAAGGCGAAGUUGUGA